AUCUUGUUGCCUGAACUUAAGUGACGCGGUGACGCUGGAUUUCUUUGUUAUUCAUUCAUGCUCUUCGUCUUUUUCUUGUUUUCAUUAAGUUUAUUUUGUAAAACAUUGCACGACUGUUUUGUACCUUUCUUGUUGACUAUUUCUGCUCGUUUCUGUUAUUUUUGGAUUAUUAUUCCCUUUUAUAGUCGACCGUCAGAGAGCAGUGAUCCAUCAGUCGACGUUAAGACUGCUAAGCUUUAAGGAUAAGAUUCUUAUAAAUAAACGAUUGCAUAAUAAGGCAAACUUUGGCGUUUUGUGCGCACCUUUUAGUUGUACGUUUUGCAGCGAGGCGUAAAUUAUUUAUAAAUAAUAUUCUAUUGCAGCAAGACAAUUUCCCGUCCGUGUUCAUGCCAGAUCUGCAGCGCUUUAGUUUUAAAUACCAUAGUAUGAAUCCUUUGUUGGGGGCCAAUACGCAUCUCCAACAACACCCACAGCAGAGCCAAGUUCCCGGACACCCGGACUCUCCCUCAGGUCUCCUUCCCGACGCCGCUUUCGGUGGAACGGAUCCUGCAUCUUUUCUUCUGGGAGAGCAGCUCGGCACGGGGCCUGAUCAGCCGGGCCCUGACUUCACCGCACCCUCACAGACCUCACCCUACCUCCACCAUAACCACAGCAGCCCCUUUCAGCACCGCGCAGUACCGCAUCCCCCUGCAGCGAUGGCCCUGAGAAACGACCUAGGAUCCAACAUCAGCGUCCUCAAAACCCUCAAUCUGAGGUUCAGGUGCUUUUUGGCCAAAGUGCACGAAUUAGAGCGUAGAAAUAAGAUUUUAGAGAAACAGCUGCAACAGGCACUGGACGCCAACAAGGGCUGUCAAGGUGGAUGCUGCGAAAACAAGGGGCAUACCCAGGAAGCAGGUGUGCAGACUGGAUUUAUCGGAACAAUACCACUCAGGCCUGGUUCCCUCCCUUUCCACAACACUAACAACUCAGCCAGGAGGCCUACAACACUGUUCACAGCACCACUUGCAACUUUUCCACCAGCAGCCACUGAAAAUUCAAGCUUAAUCCAAAAUUAUGCCACUUGUAAUCCAGCCAUCACUAUCAACCAGUCCUCCCCCUGUGUGGAUUCUCCAGGAUCUGGCACAAGUAAAACUAUCCAAAACAGCAGCACAGGUCAAAGCAACUCCACUAACCCUCCUCCACGGUUCCUCCCAGGGACCAUCUGGUCCUACAACCACACCCGCAAGUUUGGACCAGGUACAGAGCGUCUGACCAGCCCUGGUGUGUCCUGGGUGCACCCAGAUGGAGUUGGGGUCCAGAUCGACACCAUCACCCCUGAGAUAAGAGCCCUGUAUAAUGUCCUGGCUAAAGUGAAGCGGGAGAGAGAUGAGUAUAAACGCAGAUGGGAAGAAGAGUACACAAUGAGGAUGGAUCUGCAACAGAAGAUUGCAGACCUACAAGAGGACCUGCAGGAGAGUGAAGGCUGUCAAGAUGAGCUGGCUCUCAGAGUGCAGCAGCUCAAGGCAGAGCUGGUUCUCUUCAAAGGCCUUAUGAGCAAUAAUUUGUCUGAGUUGGACAGUAAAAUCCAAGAGAAAGCCAUGAAGGUGGACAUGGACAUCUGCAGGAGGAUCGAAAUCACCACUCGCCUGUGUGAUGUAGCCCAGCAGAGGAACUGUGAGGAUGUAAUCCAGAUGUUCCAGGUUCCUAACAACCAGUCAUCUCUGAACUGCCGGCGUAAGCAAACCCCUCUGUCUUUUAACGGGAGUGAGUGUGAUGAGCCGGUCAGCACUUCUGAAAGUGAUGGUGGCGUGGUUAAAGAAGAAGAGCACUUCGGCUCUUCGGCCAAUCAGAUCAAUGAAGAGAUGCAGAGAAUGCUAAACCAUCUGCGGGAGUGUGAGUUUGAGGAUGACUGUGACAGCCUGGCCUGGGAGGAGACUGAAGAGACGCUGCUUCUUUGGGAAGACUUCCCAGGAUGCACUCUGCCUUCAGAUCCCACUCACCCACCAGGAGAGGAAGACUGCCUGGAAAAGGUGAUUAACGACACUGAAUGUCUGUUCAAGUCCAGAGAGAAGGAAUACCAAGAGACAAUUGAUCAGAUUGAGCUGGAACUGGCCACAGCCAAGAGCGACAUGAACCGGCAUUUGCAUGAGUAUAUGGAGAUGUGCUCUAUGAAGAGAGGCCUGGAUGUUCAAAUGGAGACCUGCAGGAGGCUCAUCACACAGACUGGAGACAGUAACCCCGCUGCACCUGCAGCUGCAGAGGAAAAUGACCAGAGAGAAAAUGACAAGUCUUCAUCUUCUCCACCUUCUUCCUCGAGCACUGGAAGAUCUUGACACUUCCUCACCUGAUCCCUGCUGUAUCCAGCUACAGUACCACACCCAUGCAAUACACACCUGUAACUGCAGUAACAUCAUGUUUACAUAUUUAAUCACUGAAUCAUAGUGUUUAUUGUUUAGUUGUCCAUGCAGAACAGUCUGUGGGAGUUUGGAAGUUGAGAAAGCAAAUCUUGUGACAGAAUACAAGGUGAAAAUUCAGAAGAGUGAAGGUCCUCAACUGACUGUAAACAAACAGGCCACUGCUCAUCAUUGCAAUGCAGUGAGGCAACAACAAAAAAAGCAAGACUUAUUUAAGUGACACCCUCAGAUAUUUAAUGAUAAUAAUAUGAGAAUCUAAAGGUUAUCUAUGAUCUGCUGAAAUGUCACUAGAAUAACCGCAAUGUCCACUAUUCACACAUUUAUGUCAUUUCACUUGUAAACAAGCAGGAAUCAAGGAAACUGGACUUGAACUGAAUGAUACAGCAUUUUACUGCCUUGUGUUUGCUCCCAAGUUUGCUUUGUAUACAUAUGAUAAAAAGUUAAGUUAUGGGCAAAUCAUUAAUCAAUUAUGUGUCAGUCAGUUACUAAAUCAUGUGUGCUUUUCUAACAUCAUAAAAAUGAAAACAAUAACAAAAAAUAGAUAUCAAACUUUGCUUGUGUUUAUACUUUGCAGAGACCACCAACAUGCUUCCUGCUUCCUGCCAGUAUGGUUUGGUGUGAUACUAAAAACAGCAGUUUUUUACAAGCUGUGACUCUCUUCAUUUUCUCACUCGGACACUCUUAAAAUCCUUAAUAGCUGGCCAAAACAGCUAACGUUCUCUGUGCAAUAGCAAAGAAUUUCAUUACAAAAUUGAUGUAAUCCGCAUGGCUAUAUCAUCAUCAUUGUCAUGUUAGGUUUUGGAGGAGUUUGCUCACAGAAUAAAAUCCAUCUGUGCACCCAUAUCCAUUUCAUAGGGUACAUCUACACAAACUGAAGGAGGAAUUUAACAGAAAAAGUUGGGUUUGCAAGAUUUAACAUUUAAUCACAUUUCACAUCAUCAGAAUAAAAUAAUAAAAAAAAAGAAAUGCAAUAUACAAGCUGAAGCUGAGAAUGUUCAGAUUACACUUAAGUCUAUGAAAACAGGGGGUGGGGGUCUCCUUUAAUAAUAAAAAGUUGAUCUCUAGAAGAUGAAGUGCAAAAAUACAAGUAGCCUGAGCAGCAGGAGGGUGGUGACCAACUGCAGGCAUCUUUAACAUGCCUGUUAUCCACUUUAUCAGGUGCAAGCAGUUGAGACACUAAGUUAAACCCAAAGACUUUUCUGCCUUUGCAAAGCCAAUGAGAAUGUGAAGGGGCAAGCAAAUUUUAAACCUAGCCAUAAAAUCUCUGACCGGUUCAGUGACAAGACUCUGCACCCUCUUCAAGCUUGUCUGAGGUUACUGUUGAACGAUGUAGUCAUAUUGCAGCCGUCGUGCUUGAUGUAGAUUAUAGUGAGUAGGUUGUUUGAGCAGACCUGCCUGGUUAAACAGAAUCACUUAAAAGAAAAUGGAAGAACUUAAAAAAGGAUAAAAAUAAUAUGUUAGCUACUGUGUGCCAAAAUUAAAUGGUCAAAUUGUGACUAAACAGGAAAUUGCUGAAAAGACAAACUAUAGCAGCGGAAGGUAUUUCUCCAAGGUGCUUGAUGUAUAUAAAUAAACCUAUUUUUGAGCCUGUAAGCAGUUGCACAUAGAAAGGAAGCAAAACUUUUUGCAUCAUAUGAAACAAUCAGCGCUCUCUGUUGUAAAAGAAAAAAACUGUUGACGCUCUGGAAGUAGACCACAAUAUUUCAUCUUCUGUACCAUGUUGCAGGUGAAUAACACCUUAUUUUUACUUUGUUUUUAUUUAUUUUCAUGAGCAGAUUUAAUCACAACUCUAAUCACAUUUCAGGAACAAAUACACUGUCGGGGAAACAAUCCCCACAUCACUACUCUGUCAGACACUGUAUAUUACUGCCUGUAAUUUCUUCUGUGCAGCAGAACCGGACUCUCCAUUCAGGUUUUCAUUUUAGUAACAAGUACAGGAGGACAGACUUCCGCUUGUGCAUGUAAGGCUGUUGGAAUCCGCUGAGUGUUUAAUGCUGUGUGAAUACCGAAGGAAGAUGUCAGAAAUGUCAAUCAUUUCCUUUUACCUUGUUUUACUAUCACACACUGAGUGAGUCUAUGUAUGCAUGUGCCAGUGUGUGUGUUUUUAAAAAGACUUUUACUGUGGCCGACAUUAAGAAAAAUGGAAAAUAACUAUUUGAAGUGGUGUCUGUUAGUCAUUAGGUGGGCUGUCUUUUGAUUGAGGUCACAUCUAAAAUCACAAAUAGAAUACUAAUAGAGUUUUUUUCUCCAUUGGUACCCUGUCUUUAUAAGGGUAUGUGAUUGCCAAGUAAAGUCUAGUUUAAAAACAGCUCAAGUUCAGGAAGAUGAAACCGUGAAAUACCAAUGCUUUAGCAAAAUGGCUGUACGAUGGCUUUAACAUUAUAAGGAAAUAUAGCUUUGAAUAUAUUACAUGUGUUUAAAGACUGCAAAAGAAUACUGUCCAGUCACACACUUGAAACAAACUUAAAGAAGCUUUGAAAUAAGUCACAACCAUCUGAUUAACCUGUACAGUUUUUCAAUGGGGGAGGAAGACAAAUAAAUGCUUUUUUUUUUGUCUGUUCUCAUUUGUUUUUACAAAAGAGAAACUCUUACCGCACAGAAAUUAAUUACAGUUUGUGUCAUGCAACAAUUUGACAUUAAUUGUGAGUACAUAUCUGGAUCUACAAGUGUGUGACUUCGUGUCAAGUCAAAAUAAUUUUGGUUUAAAAGCUUCACUGCAGAUCUAUAGUAUGUAAUGUGUAAAGAGAGACUGAAUGAAUAAAAGAUGCAACUGAGCAACAA